AUGUUCGCAUUCACUUUCCCGCUCUGCUCGGUCGUGGUGUCUGUCUUUCUCGUUAGCGCAAGUCUCAUCAUCGAUGACCACACGUGCUACUGGGAGGAGGUCCGCGAUGUCUGCAUGCCUGAGGGUUUGUGCCAGCUGAAUUUCGAGAUUGGCGACCUCGACUUUGACCAGAGCUGCCGGGUGAAAAGCGGGGUGAACUUCUACCCGCAGCAGAUCCACUUGGCUUUCGCAGGAAAGGUGGCGGGCACAGCAAUGACGGUGUCGUGGGCGACCUUCGAGCCGGUGACGGACAGCGCCGUGUGGGUGGGCAAGUCCAAGAAAAGGCUCAAGCUGGUCGACACGCCGGUGUCUGGCACUAGUUACUACAACGAUAACGACUACAACUUGUUCCACCACCACGCGACAGUCACGGGUCUCAAGCCCCAUACGAGAUAUUUCUACAAGGUGGGAAGUCUCAGCGACGACAAGUACACGAGUGUUGUCAGUUCGUUCGUUACUGCCCGAGCCGCCACAGACAACAGCUCGUUCAGCGUGCUCAUCUAUGGCGACCUCGGAGACGGCAAGAACUCGGUCGACACGAUUGCAAGCAUCAACAAACUCACGUCGCACAACAUCGACCUCGUGUACCACCUCGGCGACAUCGCGUACGCCGAUAACGAUUACUUGACCCUCAAUCAAGCCGCAGGGUUCUUUUACGAGGAAGUGUACAACAAGUGGAUGAACUCGAUGAUGCCGCUGAUGAGCCGUGUCCCGUACAUGGUGAUAGUGGGGAACCACGAGGCAGAGUGCCACUCGCCACGAUGCAUGACAUCCAGUGCAAAGCGGAAGGCGUUGGGAAAUUACGCUGCGUACAACACGCGCUUCAAGAUGCCGAGCGAGGAGAGCGGUGGUGCUUUGAAUAUGUGGCACUCGUUUGACCACGGCCCGAUCCACUUCACGUCGCUGUCGACCGAAACGGACUACCCAGACGCGCCUUCCAACCAAGUUGCUCCGAACAAGAAGUACGGAGGCUUUGGGGAUCAGCUGAAAUGGGUUGAAGCGGACCUGAAAAAAGCGGACGCGAACCGAGACAAGGUGCCGUGGCUUUUCGUUGGCAUGCAUCGUCCGAUCUACAGUGUACUUGACUCCUUAAAUGACGAACCAAUCGGGCAGACACGGUACGUCCAUGCAGCGUUCGAAAAGCUCCUGCUUCGGUACAAAGUAGACGUGGUGUUGACUGGGCACAAGCACUACUACGAGCGGCACCUACCGGUAGCCAAAAACAAAGCUGUGAUGGACGGCGUGUCAGCGAAACACACGUUGUACGACAACCCAAAAGCUCCCGUUCACAUCUUAACGGGUGGAGCCGGUCAGUCGGAAGGUCUGUCGAACCCACCGAAGCAUGGUGCCUCGUGGAAUGCUGUGACAGAGUACAAGCACUUCGGGUACACAAUUCUGCACGCCAAUCGCACGACAUUGCUGUGGAAAUAUGUUUCGAGCGCCGACGAGUCCAUCCUUGAUCAAUUUGCUAUGUUGAAGACCGAUCCGGCGGCUUUGGAGUAA